UGUUACUGGUGGGAGAGACUGGACCUCUGAGAUGGCUGGUCACAUAUCCUGUCCCGGAUCAGGACCAUGGAUCAGUAGCCAUCGCUUUUCCUUCCCGAAUCGGAACCAGGACCGAACCGGGAGGGACAGAGACUCCACCACACAGAACACAACCAGUGGACAGGUGGACUGAACAACCCCGGUCGGUCCUGGUGGUCAUCAGAGUGACAGAGGCUCCAGUCAGGGAUCCAGUCUGCAGCCCAGACUCUUCUCUUCACAGUCUCAGUGUAGGGGUGAAGCAGGUCCUGAGUCUGAUAGAGAGCAGGUUACACUGAGCUUCAGCCUUCACCGGGAGAGGUGGGAAAGCCCCUGGUGGGAGUCUAACAGGAAGUCUGUCUUCUUCCUCAGGAUCUCGUCUAAUGCCUGGUGACUGGGUUCAUUGAAAGUCUGGACCUGGGUCUAGCCUUCCUCAGUUACCUCAUGGUUACCCCACCAAUACAGAUGGGUCAGGAUGGGCUUUCACCACGAGAGGUGCCUAGCCUAUAACACAGCACACAAUCCCAACAAUGGCUAGAGGUCAAGGAGGGAGCUCAAAGACUAACCACCUGAGGGUGGUGGCUCCUGCUUCUACCUCCUCUAGUGUCAUUGGGUCACAACGUGGGAGGGAGAGUGUUAGGACAGAUGGCGACAAGUCGUACGCUUGCCCUACGUGUGGGAACCGGUUCGCCAACGCAAACAAUUUGAAGGAGCACCAGACCGUUCAUACCAAGGAAAGGCCAUUUAAGUGCAAACUAUGUUACAAGCUUUUCCUUCCUGAGUAGCCUUAGACAUAGGAGUGUCCACAACAGGGAGAUUUACAAGUUGUCUGUUUCUCUCUUUUAAAAGGUUUGUAAUCAGGUCACUUUUCCGCCAAUCAGGUUUGGCGGCGCUUCCGAGAGUGUUCUGACAAGUUGGCGCAGGCACCCAUCUAGGGUUCAAGAGAGGCUGCUGGGCGGCCGGCGGCGCUGUUGAGGCGACCGGGGCUUCCACAGGGGAGCUAGGAGCUUCUUGGACCUGCUCGCCACGCUUUCGGCCACGAGUUGCUCCUUCCAGCCAGCAUGAAGAAGGCGGAGGUCGGCUGUUUGGGAGCCGACGCACCACAGGAAAGAGGCAGCUGCUUCUUUUCCUCCCCUAACUUCACGAGAUGCCCCGCUGUCUUUCUUAUGGUGUCUCCGAAGAGGCCCUUUUCAGAGAUUAGUGCAUUGAGCAAAGGGGUCUUGUCUGACUCCUUGAUGGAAGUCAUGGAGAGCCAGAGGUGUGUCUGCGUCAUGACCAACACAGCCAUCACUUGGCCGGCGCAGACCGCCAACACUUGAGUGAUGUGGAGAGCAGCGCUGGUGAAACAUGCCACCUCUUCAAUGCCAGCCUCUGUUGCGGAUCAUCAUUCUCCCACGUCAUCCUAUAAUAAUGUGACCACAUGCUCCAAGCAGGCCCAGUUAUUCAAUCUUAAUAGGCGCUCUAUCUUCUCUCUGAUCUGAGCGGCUAAUCGUUGCGCACCUAGAACCCAUAACGCUUCAAUAGCCCAAAGGUGAGGGGUUCGACUGGGAGCCACCCAGUGAGUAGGCCUGAAGAGAGAUCCAGAGAGGAUGAGUUUUUACUAAUGUUGGAUUUCUUGCGUUUAUGGCCAUGGUGUUCAACUGCCCCGAUGGAGCAGAAAUCACAUUAGAUAGAUGUGAUAGUCGCAGCAGCAGAGAAAUAUUUGGGUGUGAGAGAUUUUAGUGCUAUAGAUCUAUAGGGAGUUUUGAGAGAAGGGGUUCGAUCCUCCCUGCUGGCCUGGUGUAGGAUCGUUCAGGGCCGAAGUAGUGGGAUGGGGUGAUGGUUUUGGGGGAUAGUGUGUAGGUGCAGGGUUGGUCCAUUACUAUUUCACUUUUUUUUGUGACCAAAAAUGUGCAAUCCGCAUUCCGACCUGUGAAAGGCAGCAAUGGGCAACACAUCGUCUCGUCUGCCGGAAAUUCACACAAAGUAGUAAACGGAAGUGAACCGUGACCAAGAACACUUACGUUUGCGUUUUGUUUUUAUUUAGACGUACAUUAUAACCCUGUAACUCAAAAUAUCACAUACUUCCUCCAUGUAGUGUUUAAUUCGCGUUGGAGACAAGACUUGGUUGAUAGAUGUUAUCUAAUUAAUGCUAACUAGCUAGCCGCUAAGAAUGGCUAACUGUAACGUAAUGGUUUUUCACACUCAAAUAGCUUCCAUAAUGGAGGUACUAGCGAACUCAGCCGUGGCAGAGAUCUGUAAACUCGUAGACGACGACUAUGCAGUGUUUCGUUUGGAAAUUUCUCAAAGUCAGAAAGAAAACAGGGCUUUGCGGAGGAAACUACAGCUACAAGAACUGAAGGUAUCACGGGAGCGCGCACUUGCCAGUCGUCCCAGUGGUAUCAAGAUCCUCGACCGAUACAGAGGAAUGGCAAGAGGUGAAGGACAUCUCACUGGAGGCCACAGAAGUUUUGUGAAGCCAGCGGGAUGCAAUACAUGGAGAGAUGACCAACCAAUCACGGUUGUUGAGGGAAGUGGAACCUCAUCCCAGCAUGUUAUGGUGAUAGAGUCUGCAGAUGCAGAGGCUGCAGGUCCUGGGGUCAAGCAGGAGAGAUCUGCAGGAGAGGAAGACCCACGGUACUGCAGAGAUAUCCAGACUGAAGCGCCCCCUGUAGCCACAGAAGACCCUGUCACCACCCCAGCACUGCCCAGGACUCGACACAGCAUCACGGAGGUCAGUGGAACGCUGAACGCCGUCCUCAAGACAGAGACAAUAACGGGGCUGAGGCAACUGGGCUAUGCUCAUGCUCCCCGCUCAGAGUAUUUACUUUACAGUAGCCCGAGUGCGUUUCUGUCCCAUCGGGAUUUAGGUGACUCAUUACUGACUGUAAAUUAUCUGUCUUGUUGAUAUGCUACAAAGACCGAGAUGAUACAUGGUGACAUGCCUGUGGGUUUAGAUACACAGACUAAUCCAAUGAGAGGGGAUUGGAACCGGUACAGUACUAGUGUAUAUUCUGAAGGGUGCCUAGAUAAGAAAGGAGAGGGGCCUGGUUGUCGAUAAGGUGACUGAAAGUGGAGGGCCACUCUCCUCUGACAUGGAAUGCAGAGUCUAACUUAGGAGGACACUCGCAGGUCAACACCAGUGACUUCUGGGAUUACAGGGAAAGCUUAGCCACAAAUACAAAUGUCGCUUUACACAUGCUUAGGGAUCGCGACCCAGUGUCCAUGACUAUGGCACCUUCCGAUUCACACGUCCGUGUCCUUUUUGAUCAGGUAUUAGAGCCACGUCUCAGGGAGGGAGAGCCACAUCAGGCAAUAGUAAAGAGAAACCGUUCCUCUGCAUGUUCUGUAACAAAGGCUUCAGCAGCCCCCAGAAGGUUGAGAUUCACCAGAAGGUCCACACGGGAGAAAUCCUGCAGUACUCAGUGUCACAUGCGCUUCGCCCAGGCUUGCAACCUGAAGAGGCACCAGAGGGUCCACAUAGGGGAGAGAUUCUACAGCUGGCCCCAGUGUGAGAAGAGGUUCUCCCACCAGCUGAAGAUGCACCUGAAGGUCCACACGGGAGAGAGGUUGUAACGCCUGUAUAUAGGGCUGUUACGGUGAUCUUGUUACCGGCGGACCGCAGUCAAAUUCCACAUGACCGCUGAGUCACGGUAUCUAGGCUACUCCAAAACUGACAUCUUAAAAUAAUUCAAUAUGUCAGCUUAGAACCCUCCCCCAACAACGGCAUAGACUUACAGGAGUUAACUGUUACAUUGAUCAAUACACUGCUAACUAGCAGCAUAUUUUAUUCGCGUUCUUGCUAAUGCAUUUUGGGUUUCCUUUUCCUCAGAUGGUGAAUUAGCCCAAAUCCAUAUUUCAUAUGCGAGUGCAUCUGUCAUUUCAACUGAACAUUGUGGUUACACUAAUGAAGAAUGAAAUCAAAUAAAUUUGAUUCAGGAUGAAUUAA